CAACUGUGUGAGUAAAAAUAAUUUUUAUACGUUUCUAAUUUAACUUGACUCGAUGUUACAAUUCGAUUUAAUAUGUCUCGAAACAAUUCCAUCUUCGGCUGCUGAUAAAUUGACAUACAUUGACAAGUAUUGUGUUUCUAAGAAUUUUCCACGAAAUAAUUGAAUUAACUAUGCGAUACCAGCUCGGUUUCGUUUUUCGUGUACAGUUCCGUUGAAUAGUUAUCAUUCACGGUACACGGCAUUUCUGUUUCUUUUCCAUGUACGUUCCUAUGAACGAUCUUGGAGAGAUCUAUGCAGCACGAUCUCAAUGUAUUCCGACGUUGAAAAGUUAGUUUGCUUUUCAAGUCUGACAAAGCACACGUUUCACGAAUGGUGUCAACGGUCGCUGUCAACCGGCGGAAAAGAAAUCAAGGCGUUUUUCGAAUUUCGGCCAAUAGUUGAAUUCGUAAUGGAUUAACGGUCUUUUAGAAAGUUUCGCGGAUUAGAAUUCCAACUUUUUGUAGAUAAGCCACAAAAUUUCCGUGUCUUGGUUUCGAAGAUUGCCAUUAAUAACUGUUACUAAAGACCAAUAAAAAAGAAUAUUCGACAGCGUAGAUACGAGUAUAAAUAGGCGGAAGAACCUCUAUUUAUCUCUGUUUUAUUUCGAAUAGAAGAUUAUCGAACACGGAAUUGGCGAUCUUUCUUAUUUGGUCGAUUCAGAUAAAGUAGAAAGAGAAAAAAAAAAUGAUUGGAAAAAUUGAGAGAUGACCCUGAACUCUGGAUGAAGAGCAGUGUACGCACGUGGACUGCUUUUUAAACGUAGCCACUCUCUCCGAACGACUUUUUCCGCCGUUUCAUCCGAGACAUUUCGAUAGUUUUCUCUUCAGUGAUUCAUCGUCUCUUUUUCACCGAGCUCUCGAACGUUCAUUAAAAAUUCCAUUUUAAAGAUCGGCUUUGAGUUAUCUAUAGCUAGCAUCCUACGAUCCAAAAUCUGCGUUUCAUGCCCUGUGGUAAUGUCUCGAUUCAUAAUUCACCGGCUUAUUACGCCAAAUUCAAAUAUUCCGCAUGCUUCCUGCAUGUAUUUACGAUCUUCUCGAAUAGAAGCAUGAAAGAUACAUGAGUUUCUGGAUAAAUCGUUAAACGUCUUACGGGCAAGGUACUCUGUCAAGACUUGGACGAUAGAAGAAACACUAGUAUGUAAUCUUAACAACGUGGUAGAGGAAGUAUUCUCAUCGGGAAACGAUUAAUGGAAGCGUAUUUCAUGUCAGCGUGGCUGCAUUCACCUUGACCGAAGAAAGUGUUACACCAGUCUUUAACCCGUGCCGGUCGAUUCAUGAAUGUACAUUGUACGACUAUAUCGGUACGUCUACUUUUACCGUGUCGAUUAUUCGAUGCUCGUACUUUUUAAUUGAAUCGCAAUUCGAGUCAGCAACGCGGUAUUAGUAAUAAAAAUAUUACGAGACACUGUUCAGUUCUUUUUCUCACACGAAAGUAAGAACAAGUUGUUGAAAAGUAGAAUAGAUAACAGAAGAAAGGUGUUGGUUGAUAAUCAUUCUAAACGCGUAACGACAUCGGUGUGAACAUUUCUGCAUAACUAGUUUCUUUCUCCGCUUUGACCAGCAGCCAUAUAAGUGGAAGGAUUCGAGAGUAUGUAGUUCUUCUUGCUUACUAAUCGGUCUAACUAUGAACGCAAAUUGAAACUGUCAAUCGACAAACUUCUAAAGGAGUAAAGGUCUCUAUAUCGAAUUCUAUAGAUAAAAAUAUCUAUGUAUUUCACGACGUAUAGGAAUUUGGACUCGACAGAAUGUCGGAGAGUCAGUAGAUUUUCCAUUAAUUCCAGAACCAUGAACGCGGCAACGAUCUUGUUGGUCCUCGUGAUAGGAUUAGCCAACGGUCAAUUGAAUUUCGAGGGUAACCCGUUGACGGAGGAUACCGAGUACACGGCUGUGGAAUCACGAUUCUCCGAAAAAACUGCAGCACGACAGGAAACCACAGUGGACGUGAUCGACGCUUCGGCAGAAUCUCCUCAAAACGUUCAUCUACUAUUCUCAGACGUUAAAAACUCAUCUCAAUAUGCAAAUCCGAUAAAAACUUCCAUCGAUGAUCAUCCAGUGAAUCAUACGUGGUCGCACCUUGAGAAGCAACAGAGGAUCGUUCAAUCGGGUCGUCAUCUGUCUGCGAAUACGUACAAUCAAGGAAUCGCCUCCGUCAACAACGUUGAAGUUGCCUUGAACUCUUUUCUUAAUUCGAAGACGCCGGAGGAAUCACGUCUGUCUCUGGACCAUUAUUUACAAAGCCGAGAAAUCCCUCAAAAUGCCAAAGCAAUGAUCGCCAAUCAACAGCAAUUAACGCAACAGCCAGUAACACGUGUUAAUCAGGAGACCGUGUCUUCUCCGGUGAACCAACACUUGACUGCGCAACUCAUGCAACAAAGGCAGGCGCCGCAAACUUUUCCAGUUGGCCAACCAGUUAAUCAACCGACCUACGGUACGCCUGUGAACCCGGUGGAUCUUCGUUCGACUAUGUCAAAUCCGGCAACCGCGUCACUGAUGCAGCAACAGCAGAUGUUACAACCGUACGCAUCCGGAAUUCAGGCAAGGAACGACGUCUACUAUCCUGGAUGGUAUCAACGCGUAAGAAGGGUGCGUGGAAAGCCGUUUCCCUAUGCGCAAUCCAGGGGUGGUCCAGGAUUCUACGCCGGACCGGUUCCUCCAGUGCCGUUCAAGCAGAAAGGUCCACCCGUUGAAGUAAUCUACACGAAGCCACCAGGAUUUCAUCGUGGGCCACCACCUAUCAACAAUCCACCGGUUCCGUACGAAGACGCUAGUGCUUGGUUCCCUGAAGUUGAUCAUCCACCGGCAGCCAAAGAUGUUUACUAUUCUCAGCUAUACGCUCAAUCCUAUGAUCCUUAUUACUACAAUUAUAUCGCCAAAACGGGCAAAAUAAAACCUCAUCUGUACGGCAAAUUAGGUAAGUAUCACGAAGAAGAAGGGGACGGUAUCUGGGGAGAAUUGUAUCGAGGAUUCAAGAAACACGGCCUGAAGAAUAUCAUGACACCAACGUUUCUCUUGGGAAUGACUCUUCCUGUGGUCACUCUGAUGCUCACGGCUCUCGUGCAGAAAAGGUCUCUGUCCAGGUCGGAUUCGAGAGAAUUGACAAUGGAAAACACGAUCCAGGAUUAUUUAGAACAAGUUCAGAAAGCCGUGGAAUGUUACGAGAAGAAACGUAGGAAGAGGAACGCGAGUACAGAUGAGUGUUAGAAUUAUGAUUGAUUUUAUUAAUUUAUUGAAUGUGGAUAUCGAAUGGGUAAUAGAUGAAAUGGAAAGGAUAUCUAGAAAUCUUGUACAUAUUUCGUGUAACAUAUUAACGAGGGAAAUGCUCGUAAGAUUGUGUAGAACAGAGAGUGAUUUCUCUUAGAAAUGAUUCUCUGUCGCAGUCGGUGGUUUAUAGCGAGUGAUUAAUUACAUAAAAUCGCGGUAGACCAUCACGAGAUAUCAAUGGGGAGAAGGUGACAGUGAAACGUCUCUCGCGACGAGAGUGGCUAAACGUGAGAAGCAAACUUUCGCGGGUCAAUUACCUACGACCCUAUUCGCAUCCGCGUGGGUGUGCAACUCGCGGAUAGUAAGAUUAAUUACCAAUGAUAUCGAGCUACUUUUACUUUUCUAAUAAACUACUCGACCACAAGUGGAUUAGUAGUAACGGCUUUGAUUAUAAACGAUGCGAUUGGGAAAUACAAAAACGUUGAAACUUUA